AUGUUCCACUCAAGACCUCAUAUACAAGCUGGUGACUUGGUCAUAGCUUACAUGAUGCGAGACAACAUGACAUCUUUCACCGUCACCCCCGGUGAAUCCUUUCAUAACAAGUUCGGUCGAUAUGCCCAUAACGACAUGAUAGGUGUCAAGUUUGGUUCCAAGCUCCAUUCCCCCUCUCCUCAGUCAGGUUAUAUAUAUCUACUUCGACCGACUCCGGAAUUAUGGACCCUCUCCCUUCCCCAUCGAACCCAGAUCUUGUAUAUGCCAGAUAUAGCGUAUAUCACCAUGCGACUUGGGGUGAGGGUAGGUGGAAAGGUCAUAGAGGCUGGGACGGGAAGUGGAAGUAUGACACAUUCUCUUUCUAGAUCUGUCGGACCUAGAGGAGAGGUGUAUAGUUACGAGUAUCACGAAACUCGGUAUAAGACUGCCAGUGUAGAGUUUACCAACCACAGACUGGACAAUGUGAAACUAUCUCAUCGAAACGUAUGCAAGGAUGGCUUCGGAGACGUCUCCGACGUAGAAGCUGUGUUUCUUGACCUUCCUGCACCAUGGGACGCUAUCCCACACGUCAUGAAGAUUCUGCGACCCGAUAUCAUCACUAAGAUAUGCUGUUUCUCUCCUUGUCUCGAACAAGUACUUAAGACUGUCUCUACACUUCGUGCCGAAGGGUUUUCAGACGUGUCUACACAAGAAGUGCUGGUGCGGACACACGACCUGGUGACUUCUUUCCCACCUGGUAGUUCGCAUCUGAAGAACGUCACGGAGACCGUGGAGAGAUUGAAGGAGCAUGAAGAGAGGAAGGAGCGGAGGAGGGUGUUGCAGAUCAAGGCGGCGAGGGAGAGACCUAGGAAAGGGAAAGAAGAGGCGAAUCAGGCCAUUGAUCAGGCUCCGGACGAAGCAGUGGCUACUUCGUUGAUUCCACCACCUUCAGUCGAUGGGAGUUCAAAAGAUGGUGAAGCGGUCGCGUCAAGCCAGGGCGGAGUAAAUGGAGAAGAACACUUCUCAGAGGAAAUGGAGGAUGGACGAUCACCCAAGAGAAGGCGGAUGGAUCAUCUUCCGGUGGAAAUAGGGAUUGUUACUGAUGGCGAAGUACACAUAACGAGAGAGACCAAAGGUGUCAUCAAUGGUAAACCGAGAGAACUGGAAGAUAGAGAUCAACCCAAUUGGAAUUUCGAAGAACCUAAAAUCGCCUAUUCACAAAUCCUCACGAAACCCGCUCAUGAAAUGAGAGGUCACACUUCAUAUCUCACUUUUGCCAGUUUCUACCCUCUAUCAAUACGACAAGCCAUGAGGAGUCAAGAGCCUACGACACAAAGUCGAGCAACUGGGGGUAUGAACAGAGUGGCUCAGCUGGCCAAGGAUGAGAGCAGAGGCAGAGGGGAGAGUCAAGAGACUGAGUAUGGUAGUGAGGGAUUGGACGAAGUGUUGGGUACAAUGACCGAGGAGGAGAUGACAGCUCUUGCUGGGGAUGUUGUCACUGGGGCCUAA